ACAUAGCAAAUUGGCAACCCUUUAUCUUUUCCGCCAUUGCUUUUGGUGGCAUUUUGGCACUCAUUGGCGGCUGGCUGUCUUUGUUCGUUUGUAAUUGGCAUUCUUAAUUUUAAAAUUCUACGCAACUAACGUUAAAUUAAGCAAUUAAUCGACAAUGGAUGAUGACUGGGAUGAUGCUGGGGAUGCGGGAGUACAAACCAACAGCUACUCAACCGUUGAUGAAGGACACAGUCUUUCCAGGGGAAGAGGAUUCCAGUCAUUCAAUGAUGAUGAAUUCGAAGAUAAGGGCAGUAAUGGGUUUGGCGAAAGGCGCGGGCGCGGCGGACGAGGCGGCGGCCGCGGCAGGGGUGGGCGGGGAGGCCGCGGCGGCGGACCCGGUAGAGAACAUCGGGAUUACGAAAACGGUGACAGUGAAGAUAGGCGGGAUCGAGGUGAGCGAGGGCGCGGUCGUGGUCGCGGAGGCCGCGGUGGAGGCCGAGGGGGCGGCAGCCCCAACGGGGACGGACCUUCUCCUGAAAUAGGUGAAGACGGAGAGCCCAAGAAGGCCCCAGUAACAUACGUACCACCGGAGCCAACUGAGGAUGAACAGGAAAUUUUCAGCAGCACUAUUAGCUCUGGCAUCAACUUCGACAAGUUUGAUUGCAUUGCUGUUAAAGUCAGUGGUGAAAACCCACCUCGUGCUAUCGACAGCUUCGAGACUGCCAACCUGCGGAAGUAUGUGCUGGACAACAUAUUGAAAGCAGGCUACAGGAAGCCGACGCCUAUUCAGAAACACGCCAUCCCCAUCAUCAUGGGCGGCCGAGAUCUCAUGGGUUGUGCCCAGACUGGCUCUGGCAAGACGGCCGCCUUUCUUCUGCCAAUUAUCAAUACACUCUUGCAAGAUGCUCGAGAACUUAUUGUUGGACCAAAUGGUUGUGCUCAACCACAGGUUGUUAUUGUAUCACCUACUCGCGAACUGACAUUACAAAUAUUCAAUGAAGCAAGAAAGUUUUCAUAUGGAUCCGUUUUGAAGAUAGCAGUCGCCUAUGGAGGGACAGCUGUGCGCCAUCAAGGCGAUAAUAUUUCUAGAGGGUGCCAUAUCUUAGUAGCAACGCCGGGUCGUCUCCAUGACUUCGUAGACCGCAAUCGCGUGUCCUUCGACAGCAUCCGAUUUGUGGUGCUCGACGAAGCGGACCGCAUGCUCGAUAUGGGCUUCAUACCAAGUGUCGAGAAAAUGAUGGACCAUCCCACCAUGGUGCCACUUACGGAACGACAAACGCUGAUGUUUUCGGCAACAUUCCCUGAAGACAUCCAACACUUAGCCGGAAAGUUCCUGAACAAUUACUUGUUCGUCGCCGUCGGUAUCGUAGGAGGCGCUAGCACAGACGUCGAACAAAUAUUCCAUCAAGUUUCCAAGUACGAAAAACAAACUACACUGAAGAAUUUAAUUGCAGAGAAUGAGCGCAAGCGCAUCUUAGUAUUCGUAGAGACGAAGCGCAAUGCGGACUACAUCGCGGCCAUGUUGUCUGAGCAACAAAUGCUGACGUCAUCGAUUCACGGAGACCGCAUGCAACGUGAACGUGAAGAGGCUCUCGAUAACUUCAAGAGUGGAAGACAUUUUAUUCUUGUUGCCACUGCUGUAGCCGCUAGAGGAUUAGAUAUAAAGAACGUCGACAUAGUCGUCAACUAUGAUCUGCCAAAGAGUAUAGACGAGUACGUGCACAGAAUCGGUAGAACCGGUCGCGUGGGCAACAGAGGCAUGGCAGUAUCUUUCUAUGAUGCUGAUAAAGACAUUGCACUGUUAGCCGAUUUGGCGAAGAUUUUGAAACAAGCUGACCAACCUGUGCCUGACUUCCUACAAGGAGGCGGCACUGCCACCUAUAAGGGCAACAAAUACGGUGGCAGCGACAUUCGAGACUUCAAUAACGCUUCGGCUGCGGUUGAGCAAGGUGCUGAGCCCGAGGAGGAGUGGUAAAGGACACUCAAUGUUACUAUCACUAACUCACCAAUUACUCAAGUGAAUGUUAGUUUGUCUUUUUUUUUUCGUGCAACUGGUGGUGCGUGUGUAAAGAACAGUGGUGCUUAUGCGACUCCAUUAAAACUUCCAAGUGAAUGGUUUAAACUUUAACCGAAUUUGUUCCCUGUGUUAGGAAUAGAAACUCUUCUUAAUUUAGAGAGCCUCAUCAUUAUAAGACUGUAUACUAUUUGACAAGUAUUUUAGAUGUAUGAAUAAUUUUAAGUUUGCCUUGAUAUGUAACUUAACAUUGCAUAAGUUCCAUUGCUAUUAACACAUUCAUUCAUCAUCUUGUUGUACUUAUAUUACUAUUCUUCAUUUCAUAUGGUUAUCAUAUAGCGUUUAAGUUUGUUUUCAUUAUUUUUUUUAGAUAUUUAGUACUUGUUUUUGUUUAUUGUGUGCUGCUUCCAUACCUAAGUUUAGGUAGCUACCAAGUUUCGAAAUAUUAUGAACAAAAUUACCCUCAAAGUGGCAAAUCUGUGAUGUUAUUAUGUAAAGUUGCUCACUUUAAAAUUUUAAAUAUAGUUUACAAUUUGCAUAGUUAUAUCUUAAUAUAGGUCUACUUUCUGUUGGUGUAACUUUGAGAUUGAAACUUGCAAAUAAUUUGUAAUUGGAGAUAUUGAAAAAUGGGGUAACUUAUAGAAUCUCAUGUUGACGUACAAAGGCGUAAAAAAUACUUAACUAUAGUCCGCGCGGAACUAGUUGGCCCGCCUUAGGUAUGUGAGAGGUGGGGCAGAGACGCGAGGGCACUAGCUGUCAUUAUUUUAUUUUAUUUUUAUUCAAAAGGAACUCCAACAAAGGAUACACCUUACAUGCGUAAUUACAAAAAAGUUAUUUAUAGAUUUGUGCUCCUUCAAUUACAGGAGAACACAUCAUGCAUACAUCAUCUUUAAGUUAAAAUAUUAAAUAGUUAUUCACUUAGGCGCUCUACUUCGUGACGGCAACAUGGUUCCGGCUAGUUAAAAAACGCACAUAAGAAUGCAAUAGCGAGAUGAGUCCGCCAAUAAAAAGGUAAUGGAAAGAAAUAAUAUAUUCCGUUUUUUUUUUUAAAAAAACGAAAAGCCGAUGUGAAUGCUUUAGAACACAAACAAUUUCAUAUAUCAUUAAAAUAUGUCAAAAUAAUUUCAUACAAGUGUAUGAAUUCAUUUGUUUUUGGUUUAUUUUACUUUUAAUUACACUAUAAUUAGAUAACUAGUAAAAACUUUUGUUAAAAUAGUUUAAUUGUUCUUUAAUUAUUAUUUUCAUUUAUUGAACUCAGAUUGAUCAUCACUGUCUAAUCUCAUGUGCAUUGCGUGCAGUAAGCAGUCCUCCCCUCACGCCUGUCGCCACCUAAGGCGCGGCCAACUAGUUCCGCACGGAGUAUAAAAAUCAUUGUAAAACACAGAGUGUUUGACAACCUAUUUUUGCCUAAAAACUUAUUUUCUGUACAAAGACGGAACUAAAAAUGUUUAGAAAGAUAAACUUUAUAAUCUGUGAUGAUUAUUAUUAUAAGUAGAAUAGGUUCACACUUCAUCAUUCAAUGCCAUAAUAAACAUUUCAGUUCAAACAUAAAAAAAAAACAGGUAAAUUGAAUUUCUGACGAUUGUAUUUCAUACCUGGUACUUUCUGCCACAUUUAACAUAAUUACAUAAGUUGUGUGCAAGGGAAGUACUACUCAUUAGUUGUAAGACGUUAAUAAUAAAAAAAAGCAAUAAGGA